CACCAUAGCUUGAGUCAAUUUACGAAGAAAGCCGACCCUUAUGGUCACCAUCAAAACCACAAAAAACAUCAUCAGAUCCUUCGACUUCCGAGUGGAUUCAAGUUGUGGACGCAUGCUGCAAACUCACUAUUGACAGUCAGAACCGGAGCAAUUUUCGAGCGAACUCUCGUCCGACAACUCAAGAUACAACUUAUUUCCUAAACUGAAGAAGUGUUUGUUUUCUGAAGUUUCAACCUUGAUUUGCUGCGGUAUCCAGGAUAUACUUCAGACGCUCUUGUAGUGGUCUUUGCUUAUCGACCAAUUCAGCACCUUUCUAUUUGUUCCUUUCCUCUGUGUGUUAUUAUUUUUACUCGAAAAAAUUUGGCGGUUCAUGCUCUCAAAUGUUAGCUGUUGGGCAGAUGGAUGCUAACCGGCAGAGUGCUUUCGUUCUAGGCAGUACACCGCUGGCAGCAUUGCACAAUAUGACAGAAAUGAAGACGUCUUUAUUCCCCUACACAUUGCAGAACCAUUCAGGCUUCAAGGCACCUUCUUUAACUAAUUUGAACUCACAACUUGCACUCGGGACACCACAUGGAAUUAGCGAUAUAUUGGGCAGACCUAUCAACUCAGCUGGACAGCUGCUCUCGGGCUUUCCCAGGAUAAAUGGCUUGGCCACCACCGCAGGAAUGUACUUUAACCCAGCGGCCGUUUCUCGGUACCCUAAGCCCCUGACCGAGCUCCCGGGGAGAGCACCCAUAUUCUGGCCUGGAGUGAUGCAGAGCUCCCCUUGGAGGGAUCCUCGAGUACCCUGUCCUGACUCUUCAAUCUUUUUUGUAGCUCAAGCAAAUAUGAUGCUCGACAAGGAUGGCAAGAAAAAACACUCCAGGCCAACUUUUUCUGGACAGCAAAUUUUUGCUUUGGAGAAAACCUUUGAACAGACGAAAUACCUUGCUGGCCCAGAGAGAGCACGACUGGCUUACUCUUUAGGAAUGACUGAAAGUCAAGUCAAGGUAUGGUUUCAAAACCGGAGGACCAAAUGGCGGAAGAGACACGCAGCGGAAAUGGCAACAGCUAAAAAGAAACAUGACUCUGAAACGGAGAAAAUGAAAGAAAGCUCGGACAACGAGGACGAUGAUGAGUACAACAAACCUCUGGACCCAAAUUCAGAUGACGAAAAAAUCACGAGACUUCUGAAAAAACACAAGGCUACAAAUCUUUCCUUGAUCAGUCCAUGCAGCAAUAGCUCGGACACCUUGUGAUAACAUGGACCACUUGUCGAGAAGAGACUCAAAUACUCCAUGAUGCUUCUAAAGCUAAUUUAACCAGGGUAUAAAUUGUUCAAAGGAGAGAAAGGGCGAUCGGUGAUGUGAAUGAUUUAUGUUGUACAGACGAAAAUGUAAGUGAGAUGUAUAUAUUUUUUACUGAGUAAGUUAUGUUAGGUAUUAAACCAGUGUAAACAAGACAUGGCAACCAUUCUGGAAAUCCUGAUGAAAAGUAUAGCCUAUACCUUCUCAAUAUUAUUACUUUUGUUAUAUAUUGCAGAAUAGCCUAAUGCCGUCCCUUUGUCCACCUUUUACCAUUCUAAAUCCAGUACAGGUAGGCCUACACAAUGUAAAAAUGCAAAUGUUGUAAAUUAUAAUGUAAAAAGCUUGUGUUAACGAUCUCAACUCAGUUUUCUUUUAAUCAUUUGAAGGAAUUUGUUUUACCAUAUAAAACAAAAAUAGAGAAAACUUGACCAUCGUUUAUGUUGAAAUAAGAGAGUAUUAUUGCUUCCGCGAAGAAGGAAGAAAAACACUUUGUAUUAUGAAUAAAUUAUUUAACAAGC